AAAACUCACAACUGAAAAAGACUUGUACUGCCCCUUCCCUUUUCCCUCUCUUCAUCUCUUCCGAUAGCUAAUUAUAUUAAAACCCAUCUAAAUCUACCCUUCUCUUUCUUGGAUUCACCUUCUUAAUCUUUAGUAACUGGUUGUGGAACAUCUUUGUUAAUUUCUAGUUAGCUUUGUGGACGUGUACUCUUUAAAUCCAACGAUGAAGUUUUGGUUUAGAAAGCUAUGACGUUUUAAAGAUCAGAUUUUGGUGUAUAUCUUGAGUUUUACUCUUUUUUGAGAGGGAGUUCUGAAUCUUGGAGUUGGCAUGGUCGGUAAAGAGGACGGGAAUCCUCUGGCUCCCUGCCAGCUUCCAUCUGCUGGCGGGUCGCGUAAAGUGUUCUGGCGUUCUGCAUCUUGGUCUUCUUCGAGGAAUGCUGUUCAAAAUCCUGAAACUCAAGAGAAAGAUUACGUGUUAGAUCCAAAUGGGAGUGGUUUUGAUAAUGGUGAUAAUGGGGGCAGUAAUGGUCAAAACCAUCGGUACCCUGUUCCAUUAACUCCACGGUCCCAACAUAACUUUAAGGCGCGGUCCUGCUUGCCGCCUUUGCAGCCAUUGGCGAUUGCUCGUAGGAGCUUAGAUGAGUGGCCGAAAGCGGGUUCUGAUGAUAUAGGUGAGUGGCCUCAGCAGGCAACUACUCCAAGUGGGAACAAAAAUGGUGAGAGAUUAAAACUCGAUUUAUCUUCUAUCCAGAAAAAUCCAGAUAAGAAUGCAGGAUUAGUGAAGAGAGAUAGGAUUGCUUUCUUUGAUAAAGAGUGCUCGAAAGUAGCAGAGCAUGUGUAUCUUGGUGGGGAUGCGGUUGCUAAGGAUAGAGAUAUUUUGAAGCUAAAUGGGAUUACUCAUGUGCUAAAUUGUGUUGGUUUUGCAUGUCCAGAGUACUUUAAGGCUGACUUCAUUUAUAGGACAUUGUGGUUGCAGGAUAGUCCUUCAGAGGAUAUUACGAGUAUCCUUUAUGAUGUUUUUGAUUAUUUUGAGGAUGUUAGGGAGCAGUGUGGGAGGGUUUUUGUUCAUUGUUGUCAAGGGGUUUCACGGUCUACUUCAUUGGUGAUUGCUUAUCGUAUAUGGAGAGAGGGUCAGAGUUUUGAUGAUGCCUUCCAAUACGUCAAGGCCGCGAGAGGAAUUGCUGAUCCAAAUAUGGGUUUUGCUUGCCAGCUAUUACAAUGCCAGAAGAGAGUUCAUGCUUUCCCUCUUAGUCCUAGUUCAUUGUUGAGACUGUAUAGAGUUGCCCCACAUUCACCAUAUGAUCCCUUGCAUCUUGUCCCAAGAAUGUUGAAUGAUCCUACACCCUCUGCUUUGGAUUCGAGAGGUGCCUUUAUUAUUCAUAUACCUUCUGCAAUAUAUAUUUGGAUAGGUAAACGCUGUGAGGUCAUCAUGGAAAGGGAUGCAAGAGGAGCUGUAUGUCAGAUUGUCCGAUAUGAGAGGGUUCAAGGCCCAGUAAUAGUGAUUAAAGAAGGAGAAGAACCGGGUUACUUUUGGGAUGCAUUUUCAAAUUAUCUACCUCUAAUGGAGAAAUCAGGUAAUGGAGUGAAGGCUGGGGAAUCAGCUGUUAAAUUAUUCCCUGGUGAGAGGAGAGUAGAUGCUUACAACACUGAUUUUGAAAUAUUCCAAAAGGCUAUCAAGGGAGGUUUUGUACCUCCAUUUGCAUCAUCAGAGAAUGAACAUGAAACUCAACUUCCUGCUAGAGAAAAUAGUUGGAGCGUCUUAAGACGGAAAUUUGCACCGAUUGACAUGAAAGAGUUUGUUGCAGCGCCAAAGAUAUUUCUCUCUAGAGUCUAUUCAGAUUCAAUGAUGAUUGUGCACUCCUCUUCACCAUCAUCAUCAUCCUCUUCUUCUCCUCCUUAUCUUUCCCCAGAUUCAAUCUCGUCUGAUUCUAGUAGUAGCUCAAAGUACUUCUCAGAAUCUUCUCUAGAUUCUCCUUCUCCUUCUGCAGCUUCAUCUUCUGUUCUCGUGUCUUCAACACUGUCUAACUUUCGUAGUUUGUCUCUUUUAUCUUCCGAGUCUUCUUCUCAACCAAUAUCCAACUCUCAUGAAUUUCGUGGCGUGAAUAGCACAGCCAAUCAACCUUCUCAAGUAACUUUCUUAACGUCUAAAAGAUCUCCGCAUUCGCUCGCAGAACGUAGAGGUAGCUUAUCAAAAACUUUAAGGCUGCCAGUGAUGACUGAUAGUAUGAGGGGGACUAAGUUACCUACAAGUUCUUGUGAGGAAGAUGGUGUCAGAAUAAACAAUAAUAGUUUUUCUUGGUGUAAUUCAGAUACUAGAGAAAUAGUUUUAGAGUCCAAGAGUGAUAUUAAAGAAGGAAUUAAAGAACCAGUGCAACAAUGCAACUCGAGUAUGUGUUCAGAUAGAGUAGCUGUUGAUGAUUCACAUCACAAGGAAGACAACUUGUCAAAAAUUUGCGAAGGGUUUGAUAAAGAUUGUAUCUCAGGAGAAGAUUUGGGGUGUUCUAAUUCGGACAGGUUGCAACCGGUUUUUUCUUUUCACAACUUAAAGCAACCAUUGGUUUGUCAGUGGCCCAGUUUGGAAAAAUUUCCAACUUUCAGCAUCAGUGACUUGGAUUCUAAAGCUGCUUUUGCAAUUCUAGCACCGACUACAAGUUUAGACAAAGAUGAGAACAGGGUUCUAUAUGUUUGGGCAGGGAGGUCAUAUCCUUUUGAUGAGAGCCUGAAUCAGUUAGAUUGCAGCCAAGGAUUAAUAGAUGGGAAACUUAUUGAUACGAUUCUUACUCACAUGGGUCUUCCAAAGGAUAUUCUCAUUAAGAUUGUGAAAGAGGAUGAAGAACCAGAAGAAUUUCUUGCAUUGUUGGGUGCAUUAUAGCAUCAUUGAGAUGAAGGAAGAUUCUGCAGUGCAAUAGCUUAUUUCUUUUCAGUUACUUCAGCUGUCAAAUUUCUUACAAAUUUUCAGGCAUUUAAAUGAACUUCUAGAGGAAAACCAGCGAGGUGGCUGCUGUGAAAGCUUUUGUGGGGCUGGCUAUUAAUCUGGGUUGUACAGUGCUGUUACACCUUGGUAACUUGCAUUAUUUGGUCUCACAAUUUCAUAUUCUUGUAUAUUCUCUCAUUGUUUAGAAACAAAUUCCUGAAGCCCUUUUCAGGGGAAAAUAGAUACAUUGAAAUUAAGCUUACUGCCGUUGAUAUUCCUUUGUUUCCUAUCUGAAAAUCUCAAUUGUUUAGUUA